GAUCGGUGACCCAGGACGAAUGGCCCGGACCCGAUGACCCGAGACCGGCCCUCAGCCGCCACCCCCACCGCCCCGGGAGCGCCUCCGCCCCUUCCCCGCAUGUCGGGGCCGCGGGAGGGGCGGCCGGCGCGGCGUUCCUCCCCGGCUGGCGGCGGGUGCUGCUGGGCGCUGCCCACGUUGCUGCUCUGCGCUUACGGCUUCUUCUGCAGCGUGCGGCCCUCGGAGCCCUUCCUCACCCCCUACCUGCUGGAGCCGCACAAAAACCUCUCCGAGACACAGGUGUUUAACGAGAUUUACCCGGUGUGGACUUACUCCUACCUGGCACUGCUGUUCCCGGUGUUCCUGGCCACGGAUUACCUGCGGUACAAGCCCGUGGUCCUGCUGCAGGGCCUGAGCCUCAUCGUCACCUGGUUCAUGCUGCUGUACGCCCAGGGGCUGCGAGCUAUCCAGUUCCUCGAGUUCUUCUAUGGGAUGGGGACUGCCACCGACAUUGCCUACUACUCCUACAUCUACAGCGUCGUCGAUAUCAACCUGUACCAGAAAGUCACAAGCUACUGCCGGAGUGCCACCCUGGUGGGCUACACGGUCGGCUCAGUGUCCGGGCAGGUCCUUGUCUCAGUGGCGGGAUGGUCCCUCUUCAGCUUGAAUGUUAUCUCCUUAACAAGCAUAUCCAUUGCCUUUGGCACGGCGUGGUUCCUGCCGAUGCCGCAGAAAAGCCUUUUCUUUCACCACGUCCCAAAUCAGCAGCUCAGCUGGGAAAUGAAGGUCAUGGACUGUAAAAAUGGAUCAGCUGUCCAAGAUCAUCCCAGCAUGCAGAGAGCACCCGGCUGGGAGGAUGAAACAAAGGUUCCCUUGAAUGGGGAAGGUCAGUCAGCAGAGAAACAGCCUACGGAGGAGCGGAAAGUGGACAUUGUAAAGGUGCUCAAAGAUCUCUGGCAGGACUUUCUGCAGUGCUACUCCUCCCGGACCAUGCUCUGCUGGUCAGUGUGGUGGGCACUAUCCACCUGUGGCUACUUCCAAGUCAUCAACUACGCUCAGGGCUUGUGGGAGAUGGUGCUGCCUUCUCGUAGCAUGGAGAUCUACAACGGUGCUGUGGAGGCGGCCUCGACGCUGCUAGGAGCUGUUGCAGUAUUUGUUGUGGGUCACAUAAAAACAUCCUGGGCAAUGUGGGGUGAAGUGGCGCUUGCCCUGUUCUCCUUUCUUAUUGCUGCUGCUGUAUAUAUCAUGGACACUGUUCGUAACAUCUGGGUGUGCUAUGCAUCCUAUGUUGUCUUCAGAAUUAUCUACAUGCUGCUAAUUACAAUAGCCACGUUCCAGAUUGCCACAAAUCUCAGUGUGGAGCGAUAUGCCCUGGUGUUUGGGGUCAAUACUUUCAUUGCCUUAGUUCUUCAAACUCUGCUCACUCUGAUUGUUGUGGAUGCCAGUGGGCUUGGGCUGGACAUCUUCACCCAGUUCAUGAUUUAUGCCUCCUACUUUGCGGCCAUCUCUGUGGUAUUCUUGGGCAGUGGCAUAUACAGUAUUAUAAGAGCUUACAGAAGACAAGAACAAAGCAGAUCUCCUGAAAGCCAGUAAUGCACCAAAUGAAGACUCUUGGUGGCUCCACAUGAAGCUAUAGGUCUUGUUUUUGAUCUCUGCCUUUUGAUCUCAAGUCAGUCACCUUACUGGUAUUUGGUCCAUAUUUAUACUAUAUUAGUAGCACGUUUUAGAAGGUAAAUGUAUUAGCUCUUACGUAAGUAAGAACAAGUAUCUUCUUUCUAAAAUGCCUUUUGUUCUUCUGUUGCAUAUAUGGAAUGUGCAGCAAAGAACAGCAAGUUUUCUCAAAGAAUGAAAGCCUUGGGAGGCUUUAGUGCAAAGCUAUGCAUCUGGAGGCUGCCAUUUGAAAAGGCAGCUUCAUGACUGUCUAGUCAACUGCUCCUUCCUGUCUUUGAGGUGCUGCUGCAGGGCAGAAGUGAGGGCACACUCAUACUUCUUGUUGUGGAGAGCCCCAGGCCUAAGGCAGGAGGUGGCCUUUGACCUGUGCUCAGUAGUGUGGUUCUUGCUGUGCCGAUCCAAUGCUGCUGGGUGCUUUGUGAGGUCUAAGACCUAGGUGUCUGCAUACACACGUGCUUCCUUGAGUUGCUUGUACUGUCUCUGCUGCUCCUGUCUGUCACCCCUGCUGCCAGAGUUUUACCAGAGCUGGUAGUGAUGCUUCCCUCAAAACUUAACUGUGUCCUGGGGCAACUUGUGACACUGGUGAAUUGGCUAUCAGUAGCACUUCUUGUGCCAUGAAGGUCUGUGCCCAAGGGGUCAUAAAGCUUUGGGGGGAAGCUUAGAGGGAGUUUUGGUAGACCAAAUCUGAGGGACCCUUGGACAUCCUUGCCUUCACCUUUCAUGACUGCAGAUUGCUGCAUUACAGGAGUCAGUGCUUCACAAUCCUGCAACUGGGCUGUUUCAGGGGAAUGGUGGACAUGUAUAGCACUGGGGAGGAAGGUAACUUGCAGGAUUUUAAACUCUUCUUUGUGACCUUGGAAAAUUGUGACUCUUGUGACCAAGUAUACACCUUCAGUUAUGAUGGUUAGCAGGAUGACUGCCCAAGGCUUUGAAAAAUGCUAAUUUCUGGUCUGUCAGUUUUCCCCCUUAUGUUAAAAUGUUUUUUUGCUUUUGGUGGGUCUCUGUCCAGUAGUUCUACCUCUUCUUUCCACCUAAACACUACAGUUAAUGUUUUGGGUGGGCAAUACUUCUAUUUGAUUUGAUUGUCUGCACAAUUUGGGACCUGCCUUAUACCUGGUUUUUAAAAGUAGUUUAUUUUUUCUGAAUUGUUUGAGUACUGAGGAGUUGCACAGUUGUCCUGGUCUUGGACACCUAGAUACUCAGGCACUAUGACCAGCACAGCAACAGGUACCUGUAGUACACUGUGGAACUGGCCUGUGGACGGUCCCUGUUGCUGUGCAGGUUUGGGUGAGUUUAAGCACACAGGAAAACUGGCAAGGGAGAUGAUGUGAUGCAGUGUGCAUCCUUCCUUCCAUGCUGUCUUUCUCUGUGCUGGUUAGAGCUUCUUUCAGUCAGAGCCUGAAGAAGCACCUUUGGUUCACUUCUUGUUCUUGGUGCCAUGGAGACUUCACAGUGUCCAGGUUGGGAAAGCUUUUCUCCCCUGGCUGGGACAGGUAUGGCCUUUCUCAAUCACUUCUGUGAGCCUCAGCCUUUACUGUACAAGGUGAAUGAUGAAUGUAUUUGGGACAUGCUGCCUGGGGUCUGGGAACCUUUCCAGGUCAGCUACUCUGGAGAACCCACUUCUCAAAGCUUCUCUGUCUUUGCAGCCUGCCUCCUAAAGCAUCCCCUUGAAGCAGAAGGGCUCAGCUGUGCUGGCAUUUAUACGUGUAAACUUAACUGCCUUAUCCUGAAAUGGAAACUUGAAAACACCUAUGUAUAUAUUCCCUUCUUUACUUUUUUUUGUUUUGUUUUGUUUUUAAAAAAUAAAAUCAGAAGCUCUGAAAUGCUAGCUGAUGAGCUGUCCUGGGAGAGGGAUAGCAAGUGCAUAUCCUGUCCUGUGGGUUCCUCAGCCUGAUGGCAAUUGCAGCAUGGCAACAAGGAGUGGGGUCUACAGCACUUGUGCCAAGUGGCUGAAAGAAGCAGCUCAAUUUUAAUGAUGUUUUUCACACAGAGAACAAGCCUUUGAUGGGGAACACAGUUAUUUAAAUGCAAGUCAAAAAUUAACUAACAAAUCACAGCAAUAACAAUGAUUUUUCUACCAAAGUACUGAAAAUGUGGCAACUGCAAUAAGAGGCAUGCUGCGCUGCGUAUGUCUUCAGGCCUGUUUACUGUAUGGAAGCCACACCUGGAAGUUACUCAGGUUCCUGUGCUGUUGCUGUGGUGAUGAGGUGACUGUAGAGCCUGACUGGAACUGUACACAGCGUUACUGAUGCCUAUGAAAUUCUGUAAACAUGUUGACAUUGUAGGUUUCUAAUUGAAUAGCUAUUUUUGUUAAAUAAAAAUAC